CAGAAGAUGGGAGAGCACGAUACUCGAGUCCCCACCGGCUCAAUCCGUUUCCCAAACCCUACCUCGCCUCGCCGCCGCCCUCACCCUUGCCAUGGCUGCUCCUCCCUCUGUCGGCGUCAAGGGCGAGGGGAUGGAGAUGGAUAACGGCGUCCUCCCCGCCGUCAAAACCAUCGCUGGGAACGGCGAUCCCUCCGCUGUCGACCGCAGCGCCACGACGGAGGAAGUCACCACCAACGAAGCCGGCGCCCAGGUCCUUACCAACGGCAAUGCCAAGGGUGGAAACUCCUCCUCCUCCGGCAGCGUGGCCACCGAGCCCAAGGUCUCGAAGCCCCCAGCCCGCGGCGCCGUCUCCAAGAAGCUCACCCCUGCGCGCGCGGCCUUCGCUCUGUUCACGUCGCUGGCGCUGUGGUUCUCCGCUGACCAGCCGCGGCGCGCCGUGUGGACUUUCUCUGUCAUCGCCAGCUCCUACCUCGCCCUGUGGACCAUCUCCCUCACGGCGACGAUCCACGCGGGCACCGUGCUGGUCUCCGUCUCCUACAUGGCGCUGGUCGCCGCCGCCGUCACACACCUAAGUUCUUCCGCCGGCAUCUUCAUCAUGCUCCUCGACACGGCCUACGCCGCCGGGCUAUUUGGGUACGCUCUCUCUGACUACCGGCAGCGCAAGGGCACCGAGCGGUCUGCCGAGGCCGUCCCCACUCGCAGCGAAGACGACCUGAAGUGGGACAGGGGCGUGUUCUGUAUGGUUUCCUUCUACGCGACCGUUACUUCCUUGGUGUGCGCAGCGGGCGCGGCAUGGGUGAUUUACUACACCGUGGACGAGUACUGGAUUGUCCUCUUGCUGUCGAUCCUAAUCGAUCUCAGCCUCUUCUUAUGGGCGUGCCUCGUGGCGGUGCAGAAGCUGCACGGUGCUCUCAUCACAGACAAUCAGAUGGGCUUCAUCUACUGGAGCGGUGUGUUACUCUUCUUACCGGACUUUCUUCUCUCCUACCUCUUCGGCGAGGCCAUCGGGGUGUUGGUCCACCCGCUCGGUAUGAUUGGCAUGGCCGGGUUUCUUGGGUAUAGCCUCGGCGUUCAUGCCCGCUACGAGCAUAUGGUGACACUGGAGAAGAAAGAGGCUUAGUUAUGCUUGACCUAACUUCUGAUGAGUCCGAAUGAAGUAUGUUAUUAGCUCUUUGUCGUUGGUUAUGUUGUUUAGUGAUACUUGCUGCACCUAGUUUGGUAAACCAGUCUAUUUUGUUUAUGUUUGUGGUCCCACACCAUGUGGAUAAAGCUUGGAAAUGAAUUCUCUAAUUAAUGGUUGGUUAUCUUAGUAGUGUUUAUUUGAGCAACUAUGGGCAUUACCUCUUGUGCUGCUUAUGAUGUUAUGAUGAAAGCAUUUCUUGUUUGCAUUUGAGAUGCUAUGCUUUGGUGUUUGCACUAGCAUGAGCUGGGAGUUAUAAAAAAAAUAUAAUAGACUGUUGAUA